UUCACCUCAAAAUUAAAACACAAAAACCAGCUUUCAGUGCAAAAUAACUUUUUGCUGGAGAUGCUUGUAUCAUAACCAGGAAAUAUCACUCCGUACGAUAACUCCACAACUUGUGGAACAAAUUGGGCCGGGCGUUCGUGAUUCAUGUCGUCUUGUGGUUCGUGAAUAGGUGUUAACUGUUAAGUAUGCUAAGUGGAUAACCGAUACAACAAUGGAUAUAAAUUCUAAAUAUUACGAGGGAUGUGGACAGGAAGGACCGAUUCGUUGUAUAUUUUUAUGUGAGUUUCAUCCGACCGCCGGGCCGCGGAUAACGUGUCAAGUACCAGAGAACUAUAUAUCCAAAGAUAUCUUCGACACCGUCAGUCAUUAUAUCAUACCCAAGGUGCAGUUACAGAGAUGCACUUUGACUGUAACUCUCCUCGGAUCAAAAAUUCUUGGCUUCCCAGUCAGGAUAGAUAACAAGAAAUAUGCUCGUAAUGCGUACUACUUCAACCUUUGCUUUGUGUGCGACGCCUGGGCGAGGACUGUGCAUCUGGAACCACUCGUUAAGAAGCUCACAGAAUACCUGCUGUCGAUGGAGCUGGAGACAGAGUGGCUGUCGCGGCAGUCGCUGUCGGGCGACGCGAAGGCGCUGGGCGGGCUGAUGCGGCAGGUCAUGCAGGACAUCAACUGCCGCAGGAUGUGCACGCUCACUGUGGGCACAACCACCACCCACCUGACGGUGGUGCGCAUCAACAGCGACCCGGCGCCCGUCAAGGACCACCAGGUGCCCGUAUUCCUGUUCAGCAGGCAGUCCUUCGUCGCCGACCAGUGGGACCUCACUACCAAUCAGCUGUUGCCGCACAUAGACGGGUUCAACCACGUGGCCAAGAUCGCGGCGCUCACCGACGUGGAGAUCAGCCUGGUGCGUGCCUGCGUCCAGAACCUCGUCUACUACGGAGUGGUCACCUUGGUGCCAAUCUUCCAGUACUGCGCUAUAUACAGCGCGACGCCGAAGCUGCGCCAGCUGACGCGGUGCGCCGCCCUGCAGCGCCAGUGCCAGGAGUUCUGCGCCAGAUCACCCCGGCAGCUGCCGAAGGUGUCGGACGUGUUCCGCAUGUACGCGGCGAUGUCGUACGGCGGCACAGUGCGCGACCUGUGCCGCCGCCUCAAACCGCAGGAGCUCGCCAUCAACGAGCGCAAGCUGGUGCUGUUCGGUGUGCUGGAGGGGCUCAUCAGGCGGGUGUACAAGUAUCCAAUAACUCUGCACAAUGACAACUCUUCAACGCGGAGCGAGCACAGCACCACCCGGACUUACAACGGCCUGGUCUGCCUGGACGAGCUGUGCUGCUCCGCCGGCGUCUCUGCUGCCCACCUCGAGGACCAGCUCGAGAGAGACAGCGAUGUCGUGUUCAUUGUCAAGUGACUGUGUAGUGACAGGGUGUAUUAUGAUGAUGUGUGGAUACGCCUUUAUAGUGGCAUACGUCUUUAUUGUCUGGUCAGUGCGGAUACUUCCGUAGGAACGUCUGGUGUGUGCAACGCCUUAGCUACAGCAGAAUAUUGUGAAUACGCCCUUGUGUCUUCAGAUGCUUAAAUGUAAACAACUCCUUAUAAUAACGUCCAUAGUACCGUUAGACGUAUGCAUUUGCUUUUAGUGAAGCUAGUCGCCGAAAAGUGUGGACGCGUUGCGUGCGUGUGCGUGCGCGCGCGUUCUUAUAUUAGCCCCAAACGCCCAGGAGCACACAGGAGUCCUUAAUAUCUACAGAUAAGUCUAGUGUAGACAAGUUUACAUAAAUGUCGCAAGCGAUCAACUGUGUACACGCCCUAAAAUGACGUCACACGCCAUUUAGUCAGCACUGGCCCUUAUCUAGGGUAGAUCUCCGUCUCGUGUGGACAUAGCUUUUUAAACUGUGCAGCGAUUUUGUCAGCUUUAUGUCAAGUGAGAAUACUAGUAUGGUCACGUCCUUAUGAAGAAUAUUUUCGCACAAUGUGAACGAGCCUUAAUUAAUAUUGCCUUGUAAUAUUCCGCCUAUAACAUGUGGAUAAUGGAUACU